AGACGCAGUGGUGGUCGCUGUACGAUCGCGUGCUCGAUUGUCCGAGUCACGUUUUGUUCUACAGAUCGUAAAUGUAUACAAAAGCCGAUUUCCGUGUUCUGCGAUAUUACGAGACAUUUUUGUUAGAAAUGUGACUGUUUACAGUGAUUGACAUCCUGUCGUUCCCUAAAUAUGAGUGACUCGGACCGGUGCGACGAUGACACCUGGGAAGAAUUCUUUGGAGCGCCUACUGAGCUGAUGCCCAGUAUUAUGGGCGCUUUUGAUGCCAUCAUAGAACAUAACAAGAGUCAGAAAGAAGCCGACGUGAAGACGAGCACGCCACGAAGAUCCCCUCAAGUAAGCAACUUCGCGAACCUUUCACCUUGCGUACAGAAGAUUCUAGCCAACGUUCCAGAUCAAGAACUCAACAGGACUUUCAGCUCAGAAGAAACCUUGGGACCAAAACGAACCACACACCGAUCUUCCAUUUACAGAUCAUUCCGUUCGCCGGAAAAAAACAAGAGCAACGAAUCCUUGGACAUCAUAUCACCAAAUGUGCAGAAGAUGAUCUCGAAUUUUCCUGACGCUGAACUGGUCAUAUCAACCGGCGAUAGGAAUAAGCCUGUCCGAAAUGGCUCGUUUUUACACGCGAGGAACGAUUGUUUAACGCCGAAAAUUUCGGGUCCAGAUGAUAACUGUUGCAAUGACGGAAGUAAGACGUGUUUUUGUCGUACGAAUGGCGUUAACGGAGACAAUGUGAAUAGUGAGUGUGAUAAUUCGAGUGUCGGGGAAGCGGACACUUGUGACAGUAUGAAAAACAGUGACGAUUGUGGUAAUUACAGCCCGAAACCUCUUGGUUCUUACUUGCACACUUCGCUUGGAAUUGCUUCGAGGACGCCGGUGGGAAGGAAGAACGUGGGCAAGUACCUGCAGGUUCCAAGUGAGAGCAGCGUGGGCACGAACAGUACGACGUCGUCUGAGGUUUCCCGUCCUGUUUCGCUCACCAGCUUGGGGUCGUGUUCUUCGAGUGGAAGCAGCGGACCUCAUCAACCCAGUUCUGCAUACCUCGCAUCGGCAGAGAGUCUCGACAGCGACCCCGAACCGACCGGAAGCCAAGGUUCGGCAGAUAGUGGUAUAGCAGAACAGCCAACGAUGAGUCCUGAAGCUCGGGUUCUGCAGGAAGUUCUAGAUACCGAAACCGUGUAUGUUGCCGACCUCAACGAGGUCAUCCAGGGCUAUUUGGAUCAGUGGAAAGAAGAUGCGGAUUCUCCGUUGCACGAGCAUUUACCCCACCUUUUUAGUAACUUAGAAGAGAUCUACAAUUUCAAUAGGUGUUUUCUUGAUCAACUUCGUGAAGCUGACUUCAACCCGACCAAAAUCGCGAACGUUUUCAUCCAAAACGAUUCAGGGUUCGGGGUGUACAACGAAUAUUGUACGUACUACCCACGUACGAUGGAAGUUCUCGGCGAGCUAACUCGGGAUGAAAAGAUGACCGCUUUAUUCCGCGAGAAACAAAUGGCUUUAAGUCACGCUUUACCCCUAGGCUCCUAUUUACUCAAACCAGUCCAAAGAAUCCUCAAAUAUCACCUUUUGCUGCAGAGGCUUUCAAAGCAAUGUGAUACACUUCAUAAACCAGCAGUAGACUUGGCUUUAACUACUAUGACUUCGGUCGCUUCCAGUAUUAACACCAUGAAAAGGAAACAUGAACAUGCCGUUAGAGUGCAUGAAAUACAGGCGCAACUAUAUGGAUGGACCGGUCCAGAUCUCACCACUCUUGGAGAGUUGAUCGCUGAAGGCACUUUCAGAGUUAAUGGGGCCAGAGGAAGGCGACACGUUUUUCUUUUCGAUAAGGUCUUGUUGAUGGCGAAGAAUAAACAAGAUGGAGCGCUGGCCUACAAGUCGCACAUUGAGUGUUCUAAUCUCAUGUUGGUCGAGCAAGUGCGUGGUGAGCCUCUAUCGUUCCAAGUCCUGCCCUUCGACAACCCCCGCCUGCAGGUGACACUCCGCGCAAGGUCGCCCCAAAACAAGCGCGAGUGGACUCUCCAGAUCAAAAGGGUCAUUUUAGAAAAUUACAGCGCAGUCAUACCAAACCACGCGCGACAACUGGUAUUGCAGCUCGGACAGGAUGUUCAAGAAACUGAAGACACAACCGAGAAGUGGUCGCCAUUAAACAAACACUCAACUCCUCAUUAUCUCGAGCGCAGAUCUAGAGUCAGAAAAUCUAGAGACUUGUCGGGGAGACGCGCCUCGUCCCAAGACCGCUCGUUCCCCUCUCUGGGCAGCUGGAGGAGGAAGUCCGAACCCAGCAUGGGCAUCAUACCCCAAUACAACGCGAAGACCAUACCGAAGAAGAUAUCCAAACUGAAGAAAGCCAAAGAAAGCGGUGCGAAGUUCUACACGGACUUGUCGGAUUCGGAGAAUUACGACGUCAUCGGCGAAUCCGUGGAAAGCUUGGACGUGACUCCGACUGCGGAGACGCCCGAUCAGUGUGAUAAUACCAGUGAAGAGGUAGAUAAGAGUCCGGAGAACAACUUAGAGAAAAUCGUUUCGGAUUUGCUGAUGCAGAAUCAGGAAUUCCACAAGGUUAUGAAUAGGCAGAGGAGGACCGCCAGGGGCAGCGAACCGGAAACCGGGGCUUGGUUCCAAGAAGAGAGACCCAAAUUACCUAGUAAAGCUGACUCGUUGCCCAGGUCUUUCCAGCUGAAUGAUCAAAUCGACGCGGACGGCGAAGAGAAGGACAAAAACGAGCACGUUUUGGAUGAGUCAUUGAAAGAGAAUCCCGAUGCGGAUGAGCAACACGAAAACGAUCUCUCGUCUCAACUAGAUGACAACGAAUAUCCAGAGCAUAAAAUUUACAGAAAAACGGCCAUCAGGUUCAGUCUGUUGCAACGAAUUCGCGCCCUCAUGUCGGAAGAGGAGAAACGCACAAGCAAAUUUCCUCUACACAAGCAGGGCUCGAAAAGCAUGGGCGAAAAAAUUGCACAUCCUGACUACGUAGAUCCCCAGAAGCUUUUCGCUAACUCGUGUAGUUCUAGUAGAACCAAUUUAAAUGUAGAACUUACGGAAUGUGAGAUAAUGGCAGAGCCUGAACGUUUAGAUAUGACAAUAAAUGAAAACGAAGUACUUAACGAAUUCGAGAAGCGCCUUACUAGUAGUACAAAACCUGUAUCAGACACAGGCCAGGAUAUGUUGAAUAGUUCUAGUCAUAGUGAGCACAAGCUAGAACAUGAAAAUUCUUCUGAAAACGUUAUCAAUUCUAGUCAAAAUUCUGAUAGUUAUUAUGAAAGUAUACUUGAGGACAGUUUAGUAGAAGAGUAUACGAAAGACGAAAACGGCAAGCUAGUUGCCAAACAAGAUAGCUUUAGAAGUCAAGAAAAUAGUUUCUAUAUUCAAAAGUGUAAAGUCUCGGAAAGAGAAACGUCACAAAUAAAAACGCUGCGGGAAAUAAACAGCAACAGCAAUAAUACAACUGAAAAGAUCAAAAGGCCAACCAAAGCUCCUCCGCCCAUUCCCACAAAACCAAGUCGUUUAGUGAGCAGUACAAAAAGCACGUCUAGUGUAGUUAUGUCGACUGAGACAAUAAAAUCCGGUGCAACUAAAUGUAAAAAGAUAUACAUAGAGCAAAAUAAUAGAACAAGUCAGAACUGCAGCCGUGAGUCCAAGAAUAUUAACGUGAGUGAAAAAAGCUGGGUGAAGACGAUGGUAGGGCGGUUUGAAUGACACUUUCAAAAUUCAUAAUCUUUCCAAUGUGCUAUAUAUGGCUGUUGUAAUUUUAUUCUUGUUCGUUGCACACAAGAGUGUUUGUUUUUAUACUGUGGAAUUGAUAGAUAUUUAUUUUUUAAUACGAAUCAAUUCAAAUUAUUUGUACAGUUUUAACUAUAUUUUUUUUAUAGUUAAAGAAUGUUAUGUAUACUAAAUAUACGUAUUUUUACCAUAGCAAAGUUAAUGUGCCAAAUGGAUCCUUGAUUCAAGGGUCUUUUAAAUUAUUUGUUAAUUUUAGCACUAAUGAUUUUGUAAAAAAUAUCAAUACAGUGUAAAGCUAUA